GGACCCCUCCCAAUACAUGGUGCUGCUGGGAGCCUACAAGCUGGAGAGCAACCAGGACCAUAAGGUGCCCAUGCACGUCACACGCAUCAUCGUCAACUCCCGCUAUGCCGGUGAGGCCACGAGCGGUGACAUCGCCCUGGUGGAGCUGCGGAAGGUGGUGCGGUACUCCGACUACAUCCUGCCCAUCUGCCUGCCCGCCGCCAGUGUCCAGUUCCCCCCCGGCAUGAUGUGCUGGGUCACCGGCUGGGGGAAUAUCCGGGAAGGAGAGGACCUGCCAGCCCCCCAGACGCUCCAGGAGCUCCAGGUGCCCAUCAUGGACCAGAAGACCUGCCAGAACCUGUACAACAAGGACAUGGGUAAGGCCCUGCCCCGCAAGGACAUCCAAGACGACAUGAUGUGCGCCGGCUAUGCUGAGGGCAUGAAGGACACCUGCAAGGGUGACUCAGGUGGCCCCCUCGUCUGUAAGGUCUCCAGUGAGUGGCUCCUCGCCGGCAUCGUCAGCUGGGGCGAGGGCUGUGCCGUACGCAACCGCCCGGGCGUCUACACCCGCCUGACGUUCUACCAGGACUGGAUCCACCGCCACAUCCCCAACAUUGAGUUCGUGGAGGUCUCGGAUACCAAGGGCGGUGCCAGGGACAAGGCAGGGGGCCCCAUCUUGGCUCUCCUGCUGACCCUGGGGUUGGUCCUAGGCCAGAUCUAGGCAGGGAGAGGGCACAGGGGUAUGGGGUGGGGUCCCUUGCAUUGCCUUCUGGUGCUGGAGGGGAUGGUUUAGAGUGAGAUGGGGGUGGGGCUUGGGCAGGGGGUGGGGCAACAGAGCCAUCCAUCCACAUAGCCUCCAUCCAUCCAUCCACAUAAUCCACAUCCAUACAUCCAUCUACCCACACAUCUACCUACCUCUAUGGGGGUCCUGUGUCCAUCCAGCCAGUCACCCAACCACCCACCCUUCCAUCUACCUCCUUUCAUAGGGGUCCUUUGUCUGUCCAUCCAUCCACCCAUCGACCAAUCCAUCCAUUCAUCCACCCACCCAAUGAACCAGUCCAUUCAUCCCCCCCCCUCGAACGAGUCCAUCCACCCAAUGAUCCAGUCCAUCCACCCAUACACCCAUUCAUCCAUCCAUCCAUCCAUCCAAACCAGCUUCAGCUAGAAGUCACUUCCUCUUGUGUCACGUCUAUAAUAACCUAACCGUGGGGCAGAGCUAAAGGGAACCAUCACACGUGUCCGGUCCCUUUCAUACCUACAGGUAGUCUCUGGGGAUAUGCUGCUAUGUAUCAAGGGAGGGGAGAGUAGGGUCUAGUGGGUAGAGCUGCCAGGACACCUGGGUUCUAUCCCCAGCUCAGGGAGGGGAAUGGGGCCUGCUAGGUUAGAGCACAAGUUCUGGGGGGCCAGGGUUGCCUGGGUUGUCUCCCAGCUCAGGGAAGGGAGUGGGCCCCAGAUACCGGGGAUCUGUCUAUCUUAUGCCAGGGAGUGGGGUCUAGUCAUUAGAGCAAAUCUGGGGAGGCGGGGACACGGACAGGGGUGGGGAACCCGGACACCUGGGUUCUUUCACCCCAUCUCAGGGAGAAGAGCAGGGUCUGGUCCUCCGGGUAACAGCACAUCUUUCAGCCUCUGCUGUGUGACUACAGGCGAGUUGUAGAUCCCGGCCGCCCUCCCCCAUGCCUCAGUUUACCCGUCUGUAAAACGGGCAUGUGUUACACUGUCCUACCUCGUGUGAGGGCCAGGAGCCCUUUGGAAGCCCCUUUUGGUGGAGGAGGAGCGGGGCAGAGCAAGGGAGGGCAGCCGGGGGGCCCUAUCCAACCCCCGCUUGCUCAGGGCAUGAAUCCUGUGUUCUUUCUUGUGUUAAUUAUUAAAACCAAAUGAAAAAA